AUGACAAAGCAACCGAUCAACCAAUCUAUCCAUUGCAAUCGGAAGGGUUUCCGGGCGUCUCGUGUCAAGUCACCCAUACGGAAGAACACAAUGGCAGGUGUGGGAUGCAGAGCAAGAAUAUAUGCAAAGUUCGACAGGAAAAAGCAUGAUUGGGUCUUGUUGAAGGUUGAACUAAAUCACUCGCACCCGUGUUCAACUAAGAAGGCAAUGCACUACCACAAGAACAGGGAGUUAACAAUGCAUGCGAAGUGUAUCAUUGAGGUUAAUGAUGAGGCGGGCAUUCGACCCAACAAGACCUUUCUAGCAUUAGCCAAUGAAGUUGGUGGGCCUUCGAACUUGGGCUUCUCAGAGAAGGACGUCAGGAAUUACAUUUCAUCAAGACUCCGAUCCACAAAUGUCAAUGCAGAUGUCAAGGAAAUGCUGAACUACUUCAUGCGAAUGAAGGAGUUGAAUCCGAACUACUUUUACGCAGUGAAUAUAAAUGAGGAUAACAAGUUUACGAGUGCAGUUUGGGUGGAUGCAAGGUGUAGGGCAUCUUAUGAAUACUAUGGAGACGUGGUCUCAUUUGAUACCACAUACAGCACGAACUGGCAUGGAUUUCCGUUCGCUGCUUUCAUUAGUGUGAACCACCAUGGUAAGUCUACUUUGCUAGGUUACACUCUGCUAGGCAGUGAGGAGAUCUCGAAUUUUGAGUGGGUGUUCACACAAUGGCUGGAGUGCAUGGGAACAGCACCGAAGGGCAUCAUCACAGACCAAUGCAAGUCUAUGUUUGGUGCAAUUAAGAAGUCGGUUGAGGAUUUCGAGGAUCAUUGGACUGAGUUCAUUGAUGACUUCAACUUACAUGACAACAGAUGGCUAUCAGGUUUGUGUCUUUUUAGGAAAAUCAUGUGCCGGAAGUGCUUAGAUGUUGUUGUGUUCUUGUAUUCUGUUAUUGAAAAAGUUCUUAUGCAUGGUUUUGUUUUUGGUGGGUUUGUUUCUGUUUUAGAUCUGUUUGAGGACCGACACAUGUGGGUGCCUAUCUUUUUCAAGGGUCAAUUCUGGGCUUCCAUGAGGAGUACGCAGAGGAGUGAGGGGAUGCAUUUAUUCUUUGGUGGAUACUUAAAUUGUAAGACUAGUUUGGUCCAGUUCAUCCACGAGUUCGACAACGUCCUAGAAACGAAGGAGCAGAAGGAAUUGGAGGACGAUGCUGCAGACUCGAGAGGUCUAAUCCCAUAUUCAACUAGAUCAGCCAUCGAGAGACGAUUUCAAAAAGAGUAUACCAACGAGAUGUUUAGGGAUGUCCAAACAGAGUUUGAGAAGAAGGCUGGUUGCAUUAUUCGUGCCGUGGAUGAACAGGGUAUAUUAUGUUGCCACUGUCUUGUAGUACUUUCAUCUUACAAAGUUAAUGAGGUUCCUUCCUGCUAUGUUUUACCUCGUUGGAGCAAGAACAUAAAGCGCAAGCACACCUACAUUAAGAGUAGCCACGAUGUUAGACGUUCAGAUGAAAGCCACAACAUAUUCAGAGGGUUGUGUGCACAUUUCUACAACGUUGCGCAGGAAUUCGUGGAUUGUGAUGAUGAGGCAGACAUGCUGCAUAAUGUUCUAGAGGAUGCAAGGGCCAAGCUAGUAGAUUACCGUGGCAGGAUGCAAAAUAACACCGUCCCUACUACACACAAUAGCAUCGCCACAGUCCCUUCAACCGUUUUCGGCACAGUGGACAUUCAGGCCCCAUCAAAGAUUGUGGGUAAAGGACAAUGCCGGUGGUUUUCUGGCCAACUUCCAGGUGACGGGGCCAUGGAUGCUCGCCUGCUGCUUCACGUCUUCCCAAUGGAGGCGCCGAUGGAUGGUCGGUUCGGCGGGUGGCAGGGUGGACGAUGGGUUGCAAUGAAAAAGAAGCGGCUAACGUGGGAAGGUCUCCCUUCGUCAAUGCCGUUUCAAAUGGCUGUGAGGGAAGGCUAA